CUCCUGCUGGCCUGCUGAAAAAGUUGCUGUAAAGCUCUUCAGUUGAUUUCUUCUUAAAGCUGUGAUUUUUUACAAAACUGUUACAGAAAAUGAAGGCUGCUGCCCGCGCAACACGCAGGAUUGCUCCACAGACAAAGAAGAGGUCCAGAGCCUACUCAACUCUCCUCUACAAAGCUCAUAAAGAGGUGCAUCCGGCUGGGAUGAAGAUUCCGGACUUCCUUGCUGGUCGACUCAGUUUUCCAAAGCCAGUCCUGCUCAGACUGGUGAGCUCCGAGGCGUCCCGGCUGUCAAAAAGCAACAGACUGAAGGUGAUCACUCUGCAUGAGAUCAGAGCUGCUGUCAUAAUUGUUCAGAGGAGGAUUCGUACAAGAGCUGCAGCAUGA